CGUCACUCACUGAUGGAAACGCCGCUUGUUGUGGAAGUCGCUGACAUUUUAGUGAACCUUUUCGAGCGGAGCAGGUCGGAACCAAGUGACCGUACACUGGAAGAACCCGGGUUUUGAGGCUCCUCCAUGGCUGCGCCAACCUUACAACAGGCCAGUUUCCUACUGGCCAACCUGAAAGCAGAUGCCACCACCAAACCUCUGGUACAACGAUGUCAAGACCUGGUGAAGAUCAUCGACGAAUAUCCUGCAAAGGAGCUGCAUGUGAUUUUCCCCUGGCUGGUGGAGAGCGUGUUCGGCAGCCUGGACGGCAUCAUCGAAGGCUGGAACCUGCGUCUGCUGCACUCGCGCAGCAAUGUGUACAAUUUGGUUUUGGAGUUUCUGAACCCCAGUGGGCCGAUGAUGAAGCUGGUGUAUAAACUUCAAGCUGAAGAGUACAAAUAUGAAAUACCUGUCAAUUAUCUCCCGGGUCCAGUGAAGGCCUGUAUCCAGGAGGGAGUCCUGCCCGACUGUCCACUCUUCCACAACAAGCUGCAGUUCCCUCUGUCUGGACUGCUGACUCUGAACCUGGCUCUCAAUCCUUUUGAAUUCUUCAUGUUUAAUUUUGCCUACUGUCUCGUCAUGCCAAAGAACUACCCUCCAGGUCAACAUGGCAGCUCCACAGAUAGCGCCUACUUUGUCCUGGUGGACACUUACCUGAAGUACUUCCUGCCCAGUGAAGGGAGUGUUCCUCCUUCUCCUUUCUCCGACUCCAGGGGCUCCGUCACCGCACCUUCCCCAAGGUCUUCAAGUGUUUCUUUUGCUGGUUAUGGCGUUCACAGCCCGAGUCUCCUGAAACAUCACAUAUUCCACCAGCCUUCAGUGAAUGCAGACCCGUCUGCUCAGGAGAUCUGGAGGUCUGAGACACUGUUACAGAUGUUUGUGGAGGUCUGGCUCCAUCACUACUCUCUGGAGAUGUACCAGAAGCUGCAGUCUCCUCAGGUGAAGCUGGCGCUGCUGCAGUACCGCCUCAGUAUGUCCAGCAUGCCGUGCCAACCCCACGCCCCACCAGGCUCUGGGAGCCUCCACACCUACCAAGUACUUUUACCUUUUCAUUCACCCCCGCCCCUCUGGGGCCUCCUGGAGGAACCCUUCACCCCGACAGAGGAGCACGUGCUGGUGGUGCGUCUCCUGGUCAAACACCUGCACGCCUUCUCCAGCAGCCUGAAGCCCGAGCGGCUGCCGUCCUCCUCGCCCUCGGCGCACUCACACGCCCACACCAGCCCGCUGGAUGAGUUCAAGAGGGUGGUGGUGCAGCGUUUCGUUCAGCAGAAGCUGUACCUGUUUCUGCAGCACUGCUUCGGUCACUGGCCUCUGGACGCCUCCUUCAGAGCGGUAUUGGAGACGUGGCUGAGCUACAUCCAACCUUGGAGAUACACCGGAGAGAAGACCAAUCCUCAGCCCGACCAGAACAGGACUGUACCCGACAAAUGGGAGUCGUUUGUUCAGGAGAACCUGCUCAUGUACACCAAGCUCUUCCAGGUGUUUCUGAACAGAGCGGUGAGGACGGAUCUGGUCAACGCCAAAAACGCUCUGAUGGUCUUCAGAGUGUCCAAAAUCUUCGCCCAGCCAAACCUCGCAGAGAUGAUUCUCAAUGGCGAGCAAUUGUUCCUGGAGCCUGAGCACGUCCUCCACGACCGCCACUCCCGCGGCUACCUGUCCCCGAGCCAAGGAGGCAGUUACCUGUCGUCGCGACACAAGGCGGUGACGGACAGCGGGUUCAGGGUGAAGAGCCACGUCUAUGCUCUGGAAGGCCAGGACUGCCAGUACAAACAGAUGUUUGGCACCGAGCUCAGAGGAGCGGUGAUGAAGAUGAUCCAGAUGAUCGCGCAGUGCAGACAGACGGCAAAGAGGAUAUCGGACCACUCCAGCGAGAUGGCAGUCAACUCGUCCUUCCUGUCCUGGUUCGGACUCGGCUCCUCUGACUUUAACAACACCUUCUCCGGGGCGGAGCCAGAGGAGAGUGGCGAAUGUCUGAAGAAGACCCACGAGUUGCUGGACAGAACUCUGGAGAACCUGUGUUUCGUCUUCAAGCUGAACCAGGGUCAGGUGACUCAGCUCAUAUCAAACCUAGGCUCCUCCCAGGACGACGGAAACUGCCGGCAGCUGCCGGACUGCAUCCAGGGGGAGAACGGCCUGAUCCUGACGGAGCUGGGCCGGAGGCAGAUCAUAAAUGGACUGCGCAGGUUUGACAUCCAGUACCAGGGUGACCCCGAGCUCCAGCCCAUCAGGAGCUACGAGAACGCUCAGCUGGUCCGGUUCCUCUACAGGAUCUCCUCUGUGGUCAACGACAAGUUCGGAGGUUACAUGAACGCUCUCUGCUCGCGGCCGGACUUCCUGGGUCGCCUGGGUCGCCACUACCUCACCGACGCCGCAUCCACCACGAAGCUGAGGCACAGCCCGACGGCGUGGCGCUCUGCAGGGCGGAGCCACCGGCCGACGCCAAGGCUGAGCCUGCGCCCGCUCGCCAGCUACAGGACCAUCGUGGCGCUGGUGCUCGUGUACGUGCUGGGAGCGCUGCUGUCACAGGGGCCCGUGUCCAGCACGCUGCUCAUCGUCGCCGCCUCCUUUCUUUACGGACUCUUCGUGAUGCUGUUCGGGGAAAAACUGAAGACGCACUAACCGAGCCGAUGCCGCUCCAGCUUCAAGUGUUUGCCCGAGACGUGUGUGGAAAGCGUUGAGUGCUGGCUGUCGGUGUCUUUUUUUACACAUUUAUACACAUCUUUUUUUGUUUGUUUUUUGCUCUUUUAUCAUAAAAACGUCCGUGCAGCUCUGGUGAUCACAGGCGUAUGUUACUCUCUUUACAGGCUCCUCCCUCUGAACCACUCACAUGAUCUUUAGCCGUUUUUUGUUACAGUCGUCUCAGAUCCAUCAGGUCGCGCUGACACUAGCUCCUCCUCUAAAACGAGCGUUUCUCAAUCUUAGUUUGUCAGUUUCCUCGCUCAGACGCGGCUGAUUCAAAUAAAUGGGUGGUUUUCAGGCGUCUGCAGUGGUGUUUGCUGAUGAGCUGAGCAUUAGAAUCAGGUGUCGGAGCGAGGAAACGUCCCCAGGACCAGGUUUGAGAAUCCCUGCUCUGACAGGUACUCGCAGCAUUCUGUUUAAACCAGUGGACUCUACCUUAGUGAAAUAGAUUUCCGUUAAAACCGCAUCGACUCUGAACGCUGUAGCACACAUGCUAGGCCUGACUGUUACGCUGAGCAUGCACAUACGGGCUUAGUUUACGCUUUAUUUGGAUUUGAAAGUUUAUGUUACACUGUAUACCAUCACAGAGGCAGAAUGAAGAAAGUCGGUAUGAUUAAGGAAAGAAGAUAUAAGUUAUUGUGGAGUGAAAAGACGCAUGACGGCGAAUCCCAGAGCGAGAGAGGCGGAGCUAUGAUGUCUUGAUGUAGCGUAUUUGUCCCCUAUGUGAAAACGCCAGCGCGGGGUUGUAAGAUUCUUCAAAAAAAGAAGCAUUUCAAGGCCGAUAGGAUAUAAAAGAAACUUUUGUGAGUUCACCUGGACGUCUGAUAUUUUAAAAAUUAGCCCAUCUCGGGAUAUCGGACACUCUGCGUGGUAUUUUACACAACAAAACGGCGUAACAUUAACAUUUUUCUUGCGGUUUAGUCGUUUAUCAAAGCUUAAAUAGUCAUGUUUCAUUAAAGUGGAUGUGUGCGUGCAGCUGCCGGGAGGAACAGCCAGUAGGAGGCGCCCUCACUGUCUCUCUCAGAUCUCUUAGUUUACAUAACGAUAACGAUUUUUGUUUUGACCGUAACCACACACGGGUGUCGCCUACCCCAGCUUUAAUCUGCCAAAUACUACAACCAGUUAUUAUGAAAAAAAAAAGAAAGGAUUUUACCAGGAACAAAUUAAAAGUGCUUUUACUUAACCAGUAAAUCUGUGGAGUGUUGAUCAUUUAUUGAUGCCUCUAAAGACACAGAUCAGAGAGAACAGUAUUGAAGUGGAUUGGAUGUGGAUUAAAGAUGAAUGAUUAUCUUUUUAAAGAUGUGCAGGAAUCAUCAUCGUUUUCGCUCCGUCUUUGCUUCACUGUUUAAACGUGUGUUGUAGUUUGUUUUGUAUAAACUGACCUUGUAUAUAAUCUCAGUCUUAACAUGACAAACAAGUUGAUGGUGAUCAAACUGUUGUUUUGGUUUUUUCCCUUCUUGAUCAUAACGAUCAAUAAACUGUUUGCACUUGUUUUGUUUA